AUGGAGGUCCACUCUAAGGAGAGUGGGGAUAGGGACAAUACUGUGGCCUUAGGGGGUGUCAACCACACAUGGAAGAAGAGGAUGGAGGUUUCCGUACAGACAUCACCUGUGAAGGAGGGCUUUAGAUUUGAAGUGCCUUUCAAGGGAGGGUCAAUCCCCUCAGCCUCUGUCCCACUGAUCUCCUCCUCCUCCCUCCCAAACCCUGGCUUUGUCUGUAUCUGCCAACAGCAGCAGCAGAGUGGUACCCAGCCACCACCUCCCCCCACCCCAGAUAUACCCCCUCCUCUUCUUCCUCCUCAUCCUUUACCUCAGCUCUCUGGUGGGGCUGGUCCUCCUCCUCCCCUUCCUCCUCCUUUACCUGGUAUGUGCAGAACCUGUCCCCCACCUCCACCCCCUCCCCUGCAGAGCUUUGGACCUCCACCCCCUCUACCAGGUAUGGGCCCCCCUCCUCCGCCCACACCCCCCAGCAGUGGACCUCCAUCUACCCCAGGCUUUGGCCCUCCUCCCCCUCCCGGAGGUUUCAUGGCCUCCAUGGCCCAGGAGGCUGGACCCCAGAAGGCCCCCAUCGAGCCCCCCAAGCCCAUGAAGCCUCUCUACUGGACCAGGAUCCAGCUGCAUUCUAAAAAGGAUGCGAGUGGUUCUCUGGUCUGGGAGAAGAUCGAGGAGCCAUCAGUGGAUUUUGAUGAGUUUGUCGAGUUAUUCUCCAAAAGUGCUAUGAAGGAGAAGAAGAAGCCAAUAUCAGACACCAUCACCAAGUCCAAGGCCAAACCGGUGGUGAAGCUGUUGAACACCAAGCGAUCACAGAACGUGGGGAUCCUCAUGUCUAGCAUCCACUUGGACAUGAAGGACAUCCAGAGUGCCAUUCUCAACAUGGACAACACUGUAGUGGACCUUGAGACCUUGCAAUCGCUGUAUAGCAAUAGAGCCCAGCAAGAUGAGAUGGAGAAGAUUGAGAAGCACAUCAAAUCAUCCAAAGGCAAGAACGACGCAAAGCCAUUGGACAAGCCUGAACAGUUUCUCUUCCAGUUGUCCCAAAUCCCCAAUUUCUCAGGAAGGGUGUUUUGCAUCCUCUUUCAAUCAACCUUUGUUGAAUGUAUCUCCUCCAUCCUCCGGAAAGUAGAAACCCUUCAGAGGGUGUGUACGACUCUGCAGAGUGCUCAGUGUGUGUUGCAGGUGCUAGGCCUCAUCUUAGCUUUUGGGAACUUCAUGAACGGAGGGAACCGAUCGCGUGGGCAGGCUGACGGCUUCACUCUGGAAAUCCUGCCAAAACUCAAGGACGUCAAGAGCAGUGAUAACUGUCAGAGUCUUUUGUCAUACAUCGUUGCUUACAAUCUAAGGAACUUUGAUGAGGAUGCCGGUAGAGAGACCUGUGUCUACCCUCUCCCUGAACCCCAGGACCUCUUCCAGGCCUCUCAAAUGAAGUUUGACGACUUUCAGAGAGACCUACGCAAGCUAAGGAAAGAUCUUAAUGUAUGCUCGGCCGAGACAGAGAUGGUCAACCAGGUCUCUUCUGAAGAGCACUUGCAACCCUUUAAGGAGAAGAUGGAGGAAUUUCUGAGUGAAGCAAAAACUGAUCUGGAGGCACAAGAAACACAACUAGAGAACACUCAUAAGAUUUUCUUGGAGCUGAGCGUGUUCUUUUCAGCCAAGGCUAAGGCAGGUGAGAAGGAAGUGUCUCCCAACACGCUGUUCUCAGUGUGGCAUGAGUUCUCCACUGAUGUCAAAGACCUUUGGAAGAAGGAAAACAAACUGAUGUUACAGGAACGUUAAGGACUGGUGUAAAAUAUGUUUUGCAGUCCUUUCAUGUGUGUUGAGUCUAUCCUAUUCAAUGAAAGCCACUCUUUCUUUGGGGAUUGUUGUACUAUGUAUGUUCUGACCUUCUACAGACCUACCACAGAAUGACUGUACAUGUCAAAAUGACAUGUCUACUGCACCACUAUAUCCCCCUGCGCAUGAACACAAUGAACAUACUGUUUCACAUUCACCUUCAAGCACAUUACCUUGACAAGCCAAUUGAAGUCAUCUGUCAGCUUAAUGUGUAGAAUAAAGCACCUUGACUGAGGUCAAAUGUAGUACACGUUGAGCUCUUCAACUCCCUUUGAAACAAUACAGAAGGGUGUGUGUUGUAACAACCACGGAUGCUGUAGCAACCGAACACCAUUAAUCCCAGUAUGCAGUAUAUGUUUUAUGCAAUCAUUUCGUAGCAGGGAGAAUCAUAAGACAAACUAACAUUUUGCUUCCUAUAGAAGUUAAAGAUGGAAUCUAGGGGAAACAGCGCCACUGUCCGUCACACCGCCAUUGUUAUGGUUUUAUUUUGUUGACAAAGUGGAGGUGUACUGCAACAAAAACAUGCGCUGCUGUUCUGUCACGUGUGCAAUGAUGUCAGAGGGAAGAAAACAGUGUUUGUUGUUUGCAGUAACUUAUUUGUUGUAAUAUCGUAAACGGAUAUGUCAGUUUCACAAUUAAGGAUUCCAGCUUCAUAUUGCUGAAAAGUUAAACCCACCCUGUUAGGUCAAUAUCAAGCAGAAAGUCAGGAGUUGUCAUAGAUGAGUGUUGAAUCUUCAGUGUUGGAAUGAUCCCCAAACAUGAGUUUCCAAUAGCAGGCAUCACAUGUUCACUAUUAGAUCCUAUCAGAGUCAUUCAAAUUCAUAGAUAAGAUGAGAGAGAGAAGGGUUGAAAUGACCCAGAUCGGUUUCUUAACCCCACUAAUAAAAAGAACACAUGAGUGAUUCUGUUAGCUUCCAGUGGUUUGAUGGGUUUAGAGAUAGCAUUUGAAAUG